AUGGGAAUGUUCAGGCCGGGUCGGGUCCGGUCAUUAUUGCUCGCUUUCCUUGCGACCAUCCUCGUGUGCACCGUAUAUCUCUACUGGACUCCCACCACGGCAUCCUCCACUGUCUCCGUCGUCCCAAGUACCGCAUUCGAAGUCCCACUCGUCGAACGUCAGAAAGAUUUCUGGAAGGCCUUCCAGCCCAUUAUCGAACGUCACAGUCCGAACUGCCCGUCUCCCGAGAAGAAUGGCGACGCCGGCGCAAAUAAUUAUGACCCGGUCAAGGACAGCCCGCGGCCGGACCUGACGGUGAUGAGUGAAGCAGACCAGAAGGCAAUGGAGGAUGCGCAUGCCAAUUUUGUAGAGGAUAUUAAGAAGGCUGGGAAGGAUUUGAAACCCGUGCACACUCCAGGGAAGCGAGGGUUGGUCUCGACUGCUGGUGCGACGUAUCUACCAGUAUUCGUCUCGACUCUCCGCAUGCUUCGCCGGGCAGGGUCAACCCUUCCAGUUGAGGUGUAUAUGAAGGAUACGGGCGAAUAUGAAAAACACUUGUGUAAUGAUAUCCUCCCCAACCUCGAUGCGCGAUGCCUGGUGCUCGCCGACGUUGUGGGCAAGAAUGUCAUCGAGCAUUAUCAGCUCAAGAUCUUCGCGGUCCUCUUCUCCUCGUUUGAGGAAAUCAUCUGGAUGGAUGCAGACUGUUUCCCUCUGGGUAAACCCGAGGAGCUUCUCGAUUCCGAACCCUUCACCUCGACGGGUUUGGUCACUUGGCCCGACUUUUGGGCUUCGUCGGUAUCCCCGUUAUAUUACAAGAUCUCACGACAAGAGGCACCCGCUAUGACUGCUCGCCAGUCUUCGGAGACGGGUGUUUUCCUGGUCUCCAAAAAGACACAUCUCUUCCCCCUUCUGCUGGCUGCCUACUACAAUUUCUAUGGACCGUCGCACUACUUCCGACUGUUGACUCAAGGAGGACCAGGCGAGGGUGAUAAAGAGACGUUCUUACAUGCUGCCACAGCCAUGGGUACUCCCUUCUACGCUGUGAGCGAGAGAGUUCAAGCCAUUGGGCAUCAAAACGGAGAGAAGCUAUCCGGCUCAGCCAUGGCUCAGACCGAUCCGCGCGAAGAUCACGCUCUCAUUACGCAAGAUAAGUGGCGUGUCAAAGACCCAGCCGUGGCUUCUCCUCCUCAUAUUUUCUUCAUCCAUGCCAAUUACCCCAAAUUCAACCCGGGAGACAAUGUAUUCGGUAUGGGCUGGGAGACCACUCCUACCAUUAACGAAGAUGGAUCGGAUGCUCGUGCGUGGACUGCGCCACCCGAGACCCUUCAUCGGUUUGGAUAUGAUGUGGAAAAAGCCUACUGGGAAGAGAUCAAGUGGGUAACCUGCCACCUGGAAACUGUCUUCAAGUCAUGGGAGCACAAGGCUGGUCUCUGCAUGAAGGUGGAGGACUAUUGGAAGAAUGUCUUUGCCGAGCCGCACGACGACGACCCUAAAUUUACUCCAGACGGUUGA